CUCCCGCACAACAGCGACCAUGACGUCCACACACCUUAUGAGUGUUCUCCUACUGGUGUCCCUAACGGUGGCCCUGAUGGCGUCCCAAAAGGAUCAGUCUACCACCACCUCAGAACUUCCCUUUAUUGUUGAGCCUCGGGUGAAGUGCAACAAUUGGUGCAGGUGUGGGCAGAAGAUGAAGGCGAGGAUUGUAGGCGGGCAGGAGGCGGCCGUGGGUGCGUGGGCAUGGCAGGCGGCGCUGCUGUUAAAUGGAAGACUGUUUUGUGGUGGUUCUCUCAUCAACGACAGAUACAUCCUCACUGCCGCUCACUGUGUCACUGGACGUACAGCGAGUGACGUGACGAUCCACCUGAGUGAACACAGCCUUAAUACCUCUGGAGAAACACCUCUGGUUGUCAGGAAUGUGUCCACCAUCAUCAUCCACGGCCAGUACAGCUCCUCCACCAUGAUAAAUGACAUCGCUCUUCUCAAACUGUCUACCCCCUUACAGGUGAACGCGACAGUGAUGCCCGUGUGUUUGCCGCCUCGUAGACGUAAGUACUCCUGGAAGAAUGCCACAGUGACGGGUUGGGGGACCACCAGCUACGGCGGCUCCAUCUCUGAUGUCUUAAGAGAGGUUAAUGUUACGGUGCUGUCCAACAAAGCAUGUCGGUAUCUGUCCUACAGGAGUGCCAUCAUGCAGGAAAUGAUGUGUGCUGGGACCAAAGGCAAGGACGCCUGUCAAGGCGACUCUGGGGGCCACUCGUGCUUACUGACCGGAGAGGCAACUAUGAUCAGAUCGGUGUGGUGAGCUGGGGAUAUGGCUGUGGGUAUGCUUCCUUCCCUGGCGUGUAUACCAGGGUCAACUCUUACCUCCGCUGGAUUAAAGACCAUACCCGCGAUGCCGUCUACU